UUUCUCAUUUGUAAUCCGUGCCAAGAUGCCCUCCUUCCUCGGUCUAAAGUGUCUGGGGAACCUGUGCAGCUCUGAGAAGAGCGGCCUGUCCUCCUCCGAGAGAGCCAGCACCACGGGCUCGUGCAGAAGGACGCGGGUUGUCGAGGAUGUGCGUGUCACCAGCACCCCCCAGCCUGCGCACAGGCGUGCCACCAUCACUCACGUGUUGUACCUGCACCCCGAGGCCUACUGCACGCUGGAGCACUUGAUUAGCAACUUGGAUCCUCCCGUGGCACACCCUCAGGACCCUCACCACCCAUCGGAGAAGCCUGUCAUUCACUGCCAUAAAUGUGGGGAGCCAUGCAAGGGUGAAGUGCUUCGGGUCCAGACCAAACAUUUCCACAUAAAAUGUUUCACCUGCAAAGUGUGCGGCUGUGACCUGGCACAAGGGGGCUUCUUCAUAAAGAACGGCGAGUAUCUCUGCACCCUGGACUACCAGAGGAUGUAUGGGACACGCUGCCAUGGCUGUGGGGAGUUCGUGGAAGGAGAGGUGGUCACUGCCCUGGGCAAGACCUAUCAUCCCAACUGCUUUGCGUGUACUAUCUGCAAGCGCCCGUUUCCACCCGGAGACCGAGUCACGUUCAAUGGGAGAGACUGCCUUUGUCAACUGUGUGCGCAGCCAAUGUCGUCCAGUCCUAAAGAAGCCUCCUGCCCCAGCAAUUGUGCUGGCUGUGGAAGGGACAUCAAGAACGGGCAGGCGCUGCUGGCCCUGGAGAAGCAGUGGCACUUGGGGUGCUUUAAAUGCAAGUCCUGUGGGAAGGUUCUCACCGGGGAGUACAUCAGCAAGGACGGCGCUCCCUACUGUGAAAAGGACUACCAGGGGCUCUUUGGGGUGAAAUGUGAAGCCUGUCACCAGUUUAUCACAGGGAAAGUCCUGGAGGCAGGCGACAAACAUUACCACCCCAGCUGUGCACGAUGCAGCAGGUGCAACCAGAUGUUCACAGAAGGAGAGGAAAUGUAUCUUCAAGGUUCCACCGUUUGGCAUCCCGACUGUAAGCAAUCUACCAAGACGGAGGAAAAGCUGCGGCCGCCAAACAUUCAUCGUUCUUCAUCCGAUUUCUUUUAUCCCAAAAGUCUGGUUCGACGCACAGGACGGUCUCCGUCUCUGCAGCCCACCAGGACUUCCUCUGAAAGCAUUUAUUCUAGACCAGGUUCCAGUAUCCCUGGCUCCCCAGGUCAUACUAUCUAUGCAAAGGUGGACAAUGAAAUCCUGGAUUAUAAGGAUUUAGCAGCCAUUCCCAAGGUCAAGGCAAUAUAUGAUAUCGAACGUCCAGAUCUUAUUACCUAUGAGCCUUUCUACACUUCGGGCUAUGAGGACAAACAGGAGAGGCAGAGCCUGGGAGAGUCUCCAAGGACUUUAUCUCCGACUCCAUCAGCAGAAGGCUACCAGGAUGCUCGGGACCGGGUGAUCCACCGGUCCACCAGCCAGGGCUCCAUCAACUCCCCCGUCUACAGCCGCCAUAGCUACACUCCAACCACGUCUCGCUCUCCCCAGCAUUUUCACAGACCUGGCAAUGAGCCGUCCAGCGGCCGGAACUCCCCUCUCCCUUCCCGGCCAGACAGCCGCCCUGUCACUCCAACUUACGCUCAGGCCCCUAAACAUUUCCAUGUUCCAGAUCAAGGGAUCAACAUUUACCGAAAACCACCCAUCUACAAACAGCAUGAUGCAGCUGCCUUAGCAGCCCAGAGCAAGUCUUCAGAAGACAUCAUCAAGUUUUCCAAGUUCCCAGCAGCCCAAGCUCCAGAUCCCAGCGAGAUACCAAAGAUUGAGACGGAUCACUGGCCUGGGCCCCCCUCACUUGCCGCCGUAGGAGCCGACAUGAGACGCAGAUCUAGUGGCAGAGAGGAAGAUGACGAGGAGCUUCUGAGGCGCCGGCAGCUGCAGGAAGAGCAACUGAUGAAGCUCAACUCAGGCCUGGGGCAGUUGAUAUUGAAAGAGGAGAUGGAGAAGGAGAGCCGGGAGAGGUCGUCCCUGUCAGCCAGUCGCUAUGAUUCUCCCAUCAACUCAGCUUCACAUGCUCUAUCAUCUAAAACCUCAUCUCUCCCAGGCUAUGGAAAAAAUGGGCUUCACCGGCCUGUUUCCACAGACUUUGCUCAGUACAACAGCUAUGGGGACGUCAGCGGCGGAGUCCGAGACUACCAGACUCUCCCAGAUGGCCACAUGUCCGGGACAAGAAUGGACCGGGGGGUGUCCAUGCCCAACAUGUUGGAACCAAAGAUAUUUCCAUAUGAAAUGCUGAUGGUGACCAACAGAGGGCGCAACAAAAUCCUAAGAGACGUGGACAGAACCAGGCUGGAGCGCCACUUAGCCCCAGAAGUGUUUCGGGAAAUCUUUGGAAUGUCCAUACAGGAAUUUGACAAGUUACCUCUUUGGAGACGCAACGACAUGAAGAAGAAAGCGAAGCUCUUCUAAGCCUCCCCCACCCCCACCCCCACCCCGCCCGCCCCCGCCCCGCGUAGACAGCAGGUAAAAAAAGGACUGACGUGGCAGUGACACAUAAGGUGUUGUGUUAAGGCCCAAACUUGAUUGGAGAACUUGCAAGCUACUGUCCCUCAGCAACGACGAAAGGGGAAACCUGGUGAAAACACCCACGAGCCAAACUUCGGACCCACCACCGGCAACACUUGCCAAGAAGCAACAGGAUAGAAAUUUCUGUGUUCCCCACACUCGUGACCUUUUUCCAUCACCUUAUAUACGCAACAGUUCCUAUAACUGUUGUGUCACAAUAGUGCUGACCGUAUGGGUAAGAGCCAGCAAGUGCCCUUAGGACGCCGCAUGGAAAAAAAGCAGCUGUAGUAAUUCCGAGGUAGGAAUAUAUUUAUUAUGUAGCACUGUGGCUAAGAAGGAAGAGCCUGAGGGACAUAUCCAUGCGGGCACACCACUUUGCACACCCCUGUCCUCACUGGCCUCGCGAAGCCCGACCUGCGCCCCCCAGCAGGAUGGAAAUCAGAGUCGGGGCACCGGGCAAGCUCUGCUCUGAGGGGGCUGAAUAGCAACCAGAGUCAUUUUUAACAGGCUCCUUUUUCUCUACUGUUUGCUAGGACCUGGUUGGCAAAUUACUUAGCUAUUAUUUAAAAACAAAAAAAAUUUUUUUUUUAAGAGAAAGAGAGGGAAAUGGAAUGAAAGGAAUAUCUCCCUUCAUUCUUUUCCUGCUUCAGACUGUGUGCUUCAUUCAGCCUCCCCACCACGGACAGCAGCUGUCCCCCCACCCCCCCCCCCCCCCCGGCCCCACUGCCCAGAAAGGAAAGGGAGAGGUUCUCUCCGGUUGUGUGCUGUUAGAUGACUUUUGCCCAAGGGGGCUGCGGCACUCAUGGCAAAAAAAAAAAACAACACAAAAAAACAAAAAAAACAAAGAAAUGUGUCCCGCCCACGCUAGUCCUUCUUUCCACCCAGCAUCCUCUGAAUCCGAUCAAGCCCACCGGCGUUUUGGGGGUGAGGUGGGUUUGAGGUCUUUUCAGUAGUCGGCUAAGGAAAGGGCACGCUUUUCUCUCUGCAAUCUCUGCAACUCCAGGGUACAUUGCUUCAGACUGAUUUAAUUUGGCCUUUUCAGCUUUCCUUCUUUGCCUAGCUCUGUUGACUUCAUGGUGUGUGUGUGUGUGUGUGUGUGUGUGUGUGUGCGCGCGCGCGCGCGCGCGUGUGUGUACGUGGACGCACCCAGGGUAGUUUGGGGAGUCUGCGUGUACUUUUACAUCUCAUUUCUGCUUGAACGUUUGUCCGGCCGGGCGGCAGCUUUUCCAAGGAACAUUUGCACACGUGCGCCUGACUCAAAGGGCAAGAGUGAGGCUACGCCGCACCCAACAAGGCAUCCUUCGUGGAAGGGUGUUGGUGUCAGAAGCCAGCAUCCUCCGUGAUUGAUGGAGCUCAGGUCAGCAGCACGCCAAGGAGAAAACAGACCUCCGAUCGGGCUGUGUGUGGAGCUCGGAGCAUCGCACCAGAGUUCACCAAUCUGGCACCACGAGAUUUAAAGCGGGGCCUAGGAUUUCACCAAAACGCACGUGUAAGACCGCAUCACGGUUCCCGGCAGCUUCCGGCCGUGGCUCAAAUGACCUGUGAGUCGGAUGAGGGAGGGUCUCUCCAGCUCCACACACGGGAGGCUUUCACAUUUAUUCGUGUGCACUGGGGGCUCUGCCUAGGAAUUGAAACUCUGUUUUAAAGCCAAAGGAGAAAUCAUGCAAAUUCUCUUCCUAUGCCUCUGAUAAUAAAGGCUCAGAAGUUCUUCCUGCUGGCACCAAGUAUUUGAACUAGUUGGUAACUGACUCCCGUGGUAAAAAGCAAGGAAACUAGUUCCAGGACCUGUACUGCGAACCUCUAACUUGUGACGCACUCCAUCACCCGGGUGCUGUGCUGAGCUCUGGGCCUGCUCAGUAGCACUGUCCUGCACCCUCCCCAAGGGGAUCGAAAGCCGCCUGUCCUUUCAGUGCUAGACACUGAAUGUUUGAGGACUGUUCUCACAAAUAGGAGCGUGUGUGUGUGUGUGUGUGCGCGCGCGCGCGCGUGUGUUGGACCUACUAACGCGUUUUGCAAGUGGCUCUGAUGGAGUGGACGAAAGAAGACCGGCUCCUCCUGGGUCUGAAGCCUCCGGACCGCAGCUCGCAGUUCAGUGCCUCUUGCCUCGUUCAGUAUUUCUGCCGCCCCAACUUCCCUCCGACCUCUCCUGCACCUGCCACCUCAGGCCCGCGUAUCCUAGUCCUUGCUUUGCCCUGGCCCAGUGGGAGGAGUGGAGACCAGAGGGUAUUCCCAGUAAUCAGUCACAAGCAUGGCCAAAUGGGUGCCCGUGCUAGGCUGGUGGAGAGAAGUUUUUCAUUACGGGGAUAAGAAAGGGCCCUCCGUGUUUUCAUUGGUUAAUGAAUUAUGACCCAUGUGCACAUAGAUCAAAGGUCAGUGGGAGAAAAAUUGCAGCGGUAGUUAAAGAUCCGAACCAAAACCUCCCACCAAUGAAACUCUACUUCUGUUGUAUCUUCUGAAUUCAAUUCUGCAUCCAACCUGGGGAAUCGGGGGUGGGAAGCUUCUUUCCGUAUUGAGCGUACUAGCCCAUUUAAACUGCACCAUGCAAAAAUGCAUUACCAGAAAACGUCAGUAGCCGCCCGUCUACGGGCAGAGCAGCGCUGUGCUCUGGGGAGGGGUUGUAGACAACCAUAACAUAGAGCGGGUUCCCCAACUCCACUCCCGGCAGAAGAUUCCAGCUGGAGGGAUGGGCCGUGGGGCAACCUGGUUCUCCUAACUGCCAAAUCUAUUCUAUAGGCUACAAUGGCCACUCCGUUUUUUUUAAAAACCGGGCUCAGCAUGCUUGUCCUCGGCACGUCCAGGCCACCGUGCGGGACAUCCGCGUUCUCUGCUUGAACCCCACUCUGCACCGCACAUAAAAAUUCCACUUGUUAACGCAGCCAAAUGAAGAGAUUGUUCCCUCUAGGGAAGGACUCCCACAGCUGGCAAACUUUCCUGGCACGUACCCCAAGGGCUCCAUUUUUGAGGGUUGGGCCUACUUGCAAUUCCUUAAGCACACAUCGAUUGCAUGAAGCAAAAGAGGCCUCUGGCAACAUGAAAGUCAGUGCUUCCUUUACUGUUUCUCCCAGGAGAGCCAGGUUACCAUGUAGUCUUCCUGUGUGGUGUAAGAGGAGACGUGAAGAUCAUUUGGGAACUUGUACAGCCCGCUGUGCACCCACAUUUUGGUUUGGGUUAGUUAGGAAAUGUUCUUCAUGUGACUCGUUCAAUAACUAGCAGUAAACUGCCUGUUCUGUGCAACCUCACACAGAAGAGCCAGAGUUCAUGGGCACUGUGGCCUGCACUCCCCGUGCAGCUCACGUUCUCAGUCUGUUUGUGCCCGUCAACUCUACCUAGAGAAGUCUUGCUGGAAAUGUUUAUAAAACUUUCAUCUAAUUUCUUUACACUUGAAAGCAAACACCUUUUUCUAAAGAAUUGCUUCUCAGAUGAUUAUAUCAAAUAUAUACGCUUUUGCAAGUUAAAAAAAAAUUCAAAUUCACUACUUUUGACUAGGUAGGUCUUUCUAAAAAUUCUUUCAAAAAGCUUGGUGUUAGUGUCUUGCGUGUCGAAGGGGCAGGUGAGCCCUCUCUCUGACUGUCAGGAAAGAUGGUGGAAGGAAAGGAACUCCGUGUCGUCCCCCCUUCUGUGUCCUCUGAGGCAAGCUCGAUUUUUAGAUCACGUCUUCUGUAUUCCUGGUCACUGUUCAGUCUACACUUCCUCAGCCAGCCUUGACCUUCUUGAUCUUUGAAAUUAUUUUCUUUUGAUAAACCAAGUGUUUGUGAGUAAGCCCCUACAACUCACUCAUUUGUACUCCCUUUUGAAGAAUGUUCUCUUAAAAAAAGAUGAUUUCAGGCUUGAGAUUUACAGUUGACCCCACCUUAGAGUGUAAUGUACAUUAAGGAAACUACCCGACUGUCGUAAUGAAAGAAAGCAAAACAUUGACUUUGGCCUUUAAAAAAAAAAAAAUCGCUUUCCAUUUGUUGCCCAGGAAGCAAUGAGGAGAUGGUGAUGGAUAUGCUUUGCAUGUGGAUUUUUGUGUUUUCAUUUGGACAAAUGUAACUUAUGGCAAACUCAGAAAGGGGGAGGUGGUCCGUUUAAGCUGAAAGAAACUUUCUAAACAAUGUAUGCAGACACAACAAAAUCGAAUCCAACAUUUUCUGACGCUUGAUGUAAUUGGCUGGCAAUUGUUAUCAUUAAAUAAAAUUCUUCCCCAAAGUGUC